UAAGUUAUCUUGAAACAUCUGUCUCGAAACAUGUAUUUCUCUUAUUAAUUUUAAUCAAUGUUUCGCUGGAUUCGACGAGGCAAGUUAUAUUCAGUUUUCAUUCUAUAUUACCAUAAAUUGGAAAUGUCAAUAGAAGGCUUCAUUGGAAUAGUUUGAAAAUUGAAAGGCUCUCGUGCAAAAGUGAAAAACGUCGUAUUUGUUAUCGUCACUUCAGUCAUCGCGAUUGGAAUCAGACGGAAACGAUUUCGCCAUUGAAAGUCGCCUGUCUUUUGACUGUGUUUCAAUUUGUCCUACAAAUAAACUCGCAUCAUCAGCUGACGAAAGUUUCAGAAAUUUGGCAAGCUCUUGCUGCACCAUAUUCUGUUGAAUUUAUCGCUCAUCGAUAAUUUGAGUCGACAUAAAUCACAAGAUUAUUUUAGCCGACAAUAGACGACUGAGGCGUACCUACUCAUUAGAGGAAUUCUAUUUCACUAAAAAUGAAUUGGUCGAACGAACGCAACAACUGGCUAACCGUUGGAGAAAUAAUCAGAUUGAUUAAGGAACCCGUCGCAUUGUACACCAGCAAUAUCAUAGAAAAAUGGCAUGCAAAGCUGUGUGGUUCUUUGCCAGGCAAAUGCUCAAACCCUGGAGAUUGUGUAAGGAAAAAGAAAUGCAAUGACCUGUGUCUCUCUUGCAAAGGAUGGUACGAUAAGCUUGUGAAAUCGCAUGGGAAUAAAGAUAAGCGACAAAUCAAAUGGCGCGAAAACUGCGACACAUCAAAGUGGCCGAAUGACCCUUGGGAGGUUGCCAAGUUCUUUAUGCCUGCUCUUGGAAACAAUAAAAUAACCGUUAAAAACGCCGACUCUACUGAUUUAUCAUCUCUUCUAAACGUCCUUGCGUGGAUGGAAAAUGCAGCCUUUGCUCCAGACAGACGUGUUGAUCUUAACCUCGUCACACAGCUCCGUUCAGAGGUUAGAAACCGUUGGGCUCAUGCACCUGAUCAAGAACUGGCUGACGCCACUCUUAAAGAUGCUUUUGAUAUUGCUAAAAACUUUGUUCGUGACCUAGACAGAGUUUUCAGUUGUGACGAACUCAAGAAAUGUAUAGAAGAUAUCGAAGUUUUGAAAGCUAAAGGGCUAAGCAAUGCUACGGAGGAGAUACUGAAUUUUCUGCGCGUUGAGUUAUGCGCAGAUGUCAGUCAGAUGAAAGAUGAUCGAAGUUCUGACAGGCAGGUAAUAAAGAACCUAGAAGAAAAGUUGGAAUUAUUGGAAAAAGAUAUUGAGUCAUUACAUCGCGUGGUCAACGUUCAAGUAAGACAAGACAGCUGCAUUCCUGACAAACCCGAAACUUUUAUUGGCCGAGACGCCAUCGUAAAGACAAUAACGUCUUCCUUGGUGGAGAAAGGGGGCUGUGGGAUUGCCACCAUUGUGGGUGGACCAGGUUUUGGGAAGAGCACUGUUGCAGUUGAAGUUUCCCAUUGCUUGAGAAAUGAUCAUGAUAUUGUCGUUAUUUUCUCAUAUCUGCGAAAUAUUGCAACUGUUCCCGAAGUGAUACUACGUCUUUGUCAUGACGUUGGCGUUAAUCCUGGAGAUGAUUCUAAAUCUUCGUUGAUGUUUUGGUUGAAGAGCAUUGAGAAGAAUGUUGUUCUUGUCAUGGACAACAUCGAGCAGCUACUUGAGAGCGAUGUGAAGUCUCAGUUUAAUGAUUUACUGCUUACGCUGCGAAAAAAUUCACGCUUACAUUUGCAGAUCCUAACAACUUCAAGAACGAAAUUCGUAAUCCUUGGGCACACCGUCUUAAAUCACCAACUGGAAGAGUUGGAUGAAAAAUCUAGCAUCGAACUUUUGAAAAUGUGUUGUCCUGAUAUAGAAAGUGAGAAUGCAUACCUACCUGAAUUGGCUAAGCUUUGUGGUUUUGUACCACUCGCUUUGUGUAUCGCAGGAUCGAGAAUUCAAGGUGGGGAUAAUCUUUUGGAGUUAAUACAGUGGUUGAAAGAAAUGCCGAUGGACACACUGAGGAAUUCUGAUCACUGUGUGCAACAAACCUUCGAGUUCUCUUUUCAAAAACUGAGUGAUGAAGAUAAAAAAGCGUUCGUUUACCUCUCGGUAUUUGAAGGGAGUUUCCAAAGAGACUCUGCGAAAGCAGUAAUUCAGAGAGGUGAGUUGCAAACCGAGAAUUUCUUAGAAUUACUGGUGGGACGAAGUCUAGUACAGAAAACUAUCGAAAGGCGCUUUGUGAUUCAUUCGCUUAUACGCCGAUUCCUUAGUGAUCAUGACCAAUUUCAAGAUGAAAAAGCAGUGGCUCAAGGAUUAAUGGUGAGUCAUUUUCUAAAGAUGUGCCAUUCGUUGACGAUGGAUUGUUACUCGCAUAACGGAUUCACCAGCGCUAGGGAGUCACUGAAAAAGAAUAUUCAAAAUAUAGAGAAAACGCACAAAAUUUGCAGCCAAGAUCUGGCAACCAAUUCAAACCCAAAUAUCUCUGAGCAUUUGGCCAGUAGUGAUAUUUACAAGUUUUCGUACAGAUUUUUCCACAAUUUCAGCUGGGAUCUUCUUCCAGAAACGGUGUUAAAGAAUUUUUUUAAAUCCUGUAUUAGCCUGGCUGAAAGUACAAAUGAACCAGUUAUCAAGAUCCUAUUCCAAUGUUUGGCAGCAGAUCAAGAAGGUCGUAAAUCAGCAUGGAAGUCUGAGGAAUACGCUGGCCUAAUUCAGAAAAUCGAGGCAGCGUUUGAGAAAAAUAAAGCAGCAUUGAAAGAAGAUAGAUUCGUAUUUAUGUUUUGCUAUCAGUUACUCGCCCGAUACCAGUUUAAUAACUCAUCAAAUUGCUUACCGGCGGAUCCUACCAAAGAUGGUCUUCCUUCUUUGCCUGAAAACAAAGUUCUUCGUCCGAUUGAAAAAGUGGCGGAGGCAUAUAUUCUUAUGAAACGUGGGAAUAUAAGCAAAAUGUAUGCAACAAAAAGGUCUAAUAAAGUGAAUAAAAAGACGAAAAAAAAGGACAAAGAAUACAGGAACUUCGCAAAAUCAUUUUACAAUGAUGCUUUAUCUUUAGCUAAAGAGGUGUUAGGCGAUCACGCAUUAACAUGCUCUCUCCUUAAACAUGUAGGAGACGUAUGCUUUAACUGGGGUAAGAAAGAUACGGCAAUGACUUACUAUAGCGAAGCCGUGAAUCUUCACAAGAAACUAAAACUUGACUCUAAUGAGCAGUUUGUAAUGUUGCUAAAGAAUUGCGGAGGGUGUCUUUCGUUCCUUCGCUGCUUCGACAAAUCUGUUGAAACACUAAAGGAAGCUCGUGACAUCGCUGACAAGAUCGCUGAGGAGCACACCCUUUGUAAAGCCAAGGUGAAUUGUCAGUUAGCAAUAACUUUUAGUUCCUGGAAAUCUGAUUGCCAAGAAGCCGUACAAUAUGCAAAGGAGGCAAAGGAGAUGCUAGAUUUGCUGAACUCACGCGACAAAGAAAUACUGGAAAAGAUUAUUAAAUCGGCAGAAGAAUAUAAGGCGGUGCAAAGUAUCGUAGAUUCAUUGCCGGAAGUCAUCACCAAUCACAGAUCUGAUGGAAGGUUCCGACUGAAUAGCUGCAUACCUAAGAAAACCCCGAAAUUUACUGGCCAUUGCACUAUAGUGAAAGAAGUGAUAUCCUCAAUCGUGGAGAAUGGCUGUGAAAUUGUCUCUUUAGUUGGACCACCGGGUAUCGGCAAGACUACAGUUGCCAUUGAAAUUUCCCACCACUUAAGAGAAGAACAUGACAUCGUCGUCAUUUUCUCGUGCCUGUCAUAUGCUGUAACUGUCCCUGAAGUACUACAACGCAUUUGUCACGACGUUGGCGUUAAUCCUGUAGCAGAUCCUGAGUCAUCGUUGACGUUCUGGUUGAAGAGUAUUGAAAGAAAGGUUGUCCUUGUCAUGGACAACAUCGAACAACUCCUCGAAAGCGAUGUAAAAUCUUAUUUCAUUGAAUUACUGCUUACCCUUCGCAAAAUUUCAUCGAAAAAUUUGCAGAUUUUAACGACGUCAAGAACCCAAUUCGUUAUUCCAGAACAAACAUCAUCGGUAAACCAUCAUAUUCAAGAGUUAGACGAAAGCUCAAGUGUCGAACUUUUGAGAAAGUGUUGCCUUGAUGAAAACGUUCAAGAAGCGUAUUUGUCUAAAUUGGCUAAGCGGUGUGCCUUCGUCCCACUGGCCUUGUGUGUCACAGGAACACUAGUUCUAGAUCCUCAUGGUGUUUCAGAGUCGAUACAGUGGUUGAAAAAGAAUUGUGCUUCAGGGAACGUCGACCACCGUGUUCAAAAAGCAAUCCAAUUAUCUUUUCAGAAGUUGAGUAAAGAAGAUCAGAAAGCAUUGGUCCGUCUGUCGGUAUUUGAUGGGAAUUUUGCAACAGGUUCUGCAGAAGAGGUAAUUGAAAAAAGCGAGUCUAAAACCAUGGAAUUUUUGGAAAUUCUUGUUCGCCAAAGCUUAAUACAGAGGUUCAGUGAUAAGCGCUUCGUGAUUCAUUCGCUAAUUCGACAGUUCCUGAUUAAUGAUGACCAAUUUCAAGAUGAAAAGGAAAGGGCACAAAGACUUAUGGUGAGACAUUUUCUAAAAAUGUGCCAUUCGUUGACCUUGAGAUGUUUUUCAAAUAACGGAUUUACUAGCGCUAGGGACUCACUGAGGGAAGACAUUCACAAUGUCGAGAAAACGUUGAGGAUCUGCAGCCAUGAUGAAGCAACGAAAAUAUUAAAACGUAGUGAUAUUUACAAUUCUACAUGUUGGUUCUUCUACAGCUUCAGCUGGGAUCUUCUUCAAGGAACAGUUUUGAGCGAUUUCUUUGAAUUUUGUAUUAAAUUGGCCGAAAGUCGAAAGCCAACAGCUAUUGAGAUCACAUUUCGAUGUUUGGUAGCAAAUCAGGAAGGACAUAAAUCGGCAUGGAAGUCUCCUGAAUAUUUUGACCGAGUGAAUGACAUCGCGGUGGCGUUGCAAAAGAAUAAAACGUUACUAAGAAAGGACAGGUCCUUAUUUACGUUUUGCUACUGUAUUUUUGCUCGGUUUGACUCGAAAAAAGCAAAAAUUGCAGCCCCUCCUAAUCUUUCAGAAAAGGAUUUUCCGCCUUUACAAGAAAAUCAAUCAGCAAGCCCUAUCGAGAAAGCAGCUGAAGCAUAUUUUCUUAUGGAGCGUGGAAGUGUAAACAAGAAAGACGCAAAUAAAGUAUUCCGUAUAAACAGAGAAAAGUACAAUGAAAAGUACAAUUGUGCAGAAAAAUUUCACAAGCAAGCUUUGUCGUUAGCUAAAGAGUUUUUCGGUGACCACGAAUUAACAUGCGUUCUACACAAACGGUUAGGAGACUUAUAUUUUGACCUGCAUAAAACCAACGAAGCAAUGAUACACUAUUCUGAUGCCAUAAUACUCCGCAAGAAACUGAAAAUUGAUUCAAACGAGCACUUUGCGUUCUUGCUCAAGAGUUGUGGGGCGUGCCUUUCUUAUCUUGGUCACUUUGAUGAAUCAGUGGCAAUGUUAAAGAAAGCUCGCGACAUGGUUGGCAAGCAUACUUAUUGUAGAGCCUCCAUGAAUUAUGCGUUAGCGAAAGCGUGUCGUGCCUGGAAAUCCGAUUGCCAAGAAGCCGCGGGAUAUGCUAAAGAGGCAAUGGAUAUGCAGGAAUUGUUGGAAUCGCACACAGAAGAAACAUUAAAAAAGAUUAUUCAAACGGCAAAAGAAUCCUUGAAUAGCCUUGAAAUUUAAUUUCAUGCUGUUAAUUGAACUUAUCAUGCACGUUUACUUGUUGAUGUUUUACGAUAUUCAUGUUUCACUUUGCGAUAUUGGUGCAGCUUUUAUUAGUUCUAACACUAUCUC